GCCAGCUCUCCCUGCAUGUGGCUCCGAGCCGCUCUCAGCCCGGAGCUGCCCGUCUGCAACGCGGCUCUCUGCUCGGGGUGGGAGGCUUGCUCGGGCAGCAUGAGCUGAGAGGAGGGUGCAAUCCCUGCUCCGGUGCAGCCCCAGCUCCCGUGCCACCUCAGCUCCGGUGCCACCUCGGCUCCGGUGCAGCCCCGGCUCCGGGUGCCACCUCAGCUCCGGUGCAACCCCAGCUCCGGUGCAACCCUGGGGGGGGGGGGGUCGUGGUGGCAUUGCAGGACUGGCACCUGCCCUUCCCUGCAAAGGAGAGAAGGGUCGCGUUGCAGAGCUGGCAUCCAGCCUCUGGAUCAGGCUUCUUAAAACUACCGAGAAACAAACCAUGGGAAAUGACUCAGAAGACAAGAUGACAUUCUGAAGCUUGGCCUGACAUGGUUAAGUUGCUGACACAAGCCCCCUCUGAGGAUCACACCUGAAGGGUUUCCAGUAGUCUUCCAGACUCGGCUACGAGAAGGACAGUCAAGUUGACUGCGCGGAAGAAGGCAAUGUUAAACCACUUUAUUUGUACCAAGAAAACUGUGGAUACACUACCAGAACGAUUGCAGAAUUCCAGGUCGUCUCCAUGUUGAUCACAGACUCCAGUCGAGCAGAGGGCUUGGAUUGGUUUUGAUCUCUUCCUUCCUUCUAAGAUACACGAAGUCCGUACCACAAUGACUAACGACAGCGAGGACUCGGAAAAGUCGGCCACUGACCCCACCGCCGGCCGGGAGCAGCAGUCCUGGAAGUUCUUGGUGUUCUUCCUCUGCUUCUACGGCUUUAUGAAUCAGAUACGGCCCGGCGAAAGCUUCAUCACCCCCUACUUACUGUCCCAGAACUUCACCCGGGAACAGAUCACCAACGAGAUCACCAUCGUCCUGUCCUACUCUUACACGGCCGUGUUGGUCCCCAUCUUCCUGCUGACGGACUACCUCCGGUACAAGCCGGUUCUGGUCCUGCAGAGCUUGAGUCACAUCGCUAUCUGGCUGCUGUUGAUCUUCGGCACCGACAUCCUCGCUAUGCAGUUCAUGGAGUUCUUCUACGGCAUCACCAUGGCUGCCCGGGUGGCCUACUCCUCAUACAUCUUCUCCCUGGUCAGCCCGUCGCGCUACCAGCGGAUGGCCAGCUACUCCCGGACCUCCGUGCUGCUGGGCCUCUUCACCAGCUCCGUGGUGGGGCAGCUCUGCGUCUCGGUUUGGGAGGUCCCCUACAUCACGCUCAAUUACGUCUCCCUGGGCUUCAUGUCUUUUGGGUUGGUCCUGACGCUCUUCCUGAAGCCGCCUAAGAGGAGCCUCUUCUUCAAUCGAGGCAAGCCGGCCCAUCGAGACGCCUCACCCUCCGAGCUGGACAGGAUGAACAAGGGCCCGGGGAGGCUGGUGGAGGAGAAGGCCGGCCUGAAGGUGUGCCCGGCCUGGAGGGACUUGAUCCUCGUUCAGAUGCUCCGGGAGCUGAAGACCUUCGUGAAACAACCUCAGCUGCGUCUCUGGUCCCUGUGGUGGAUAUUUAACUCGGCCGGCUACUACCUGAUCAUCUAUUACAUUCACAUUCUGUGGAGCGACGUCGACCCCAACAGAGUCCUCAACGGAGGCGUGGAGGCCGCGUCGACCCUCCUCGGUGCCGUCACCUCCUUCACCGCGGGCUAUGUGAAAAUCCGCUGGACUCUCUGGUCCGAGCUGGUGAUCGGGGCCGUCACGGCCCUGCAGGCCGGGCUCAUUUUGCUCAUGAACACCACCGGUAACAUCUGGGUGUGCUACGCGGCCUACGUCUUUUUCAGAGGUUUCUACCAGUUCCUCGUGCCCAUAGCCACGUUUCAGAUCGCCUCCUCCCUGUCGAAAGAACUCUGUGCACUGGUUUUCGGACUCAACACCUUCUUUGCCACCAUCUUGAAAUCCACCAUCACCGUUAUCGUAUCCGAUAAGAAGGGCCUGGGUCUUCAGGUUCACGCCCAGUUUCACAUUUACUUCGUCUACUUCACGGUGCUGGCGUUCGCCUACCUCGGGGGAUCCGUGUACGUGGCUUUGAGGCACAACAGGCAGGACAAGCAGCAGGACUUGCCCUUGGCCAAGGAGCUGAGCGGCCCCACCGAAGAGACGGGAGCCAGGGAGCUGAGCCCAAAGGAGAACGGGAGCGGCAGCGAACGGGCCUGAGGGAGCCGGUGGAGGGGUGGGGCGAGGGGCGGCAUGGCUCCACUCGAAGCCCUCCCAGGCCGAGCAGAUCCCGCGGUGGAGACGGACGCUGAGAGACUCUGGUGUUCCAGGCCAGAGGCCGGGGAGAGGACGAGCCAGCGGUCCGUGGUGGCACGUUGACCUGUCACCGGUGAUCCCCCAGCCUGGAGCCAAACUCCACAUGAAACCACCUUUUCUGUACCAUUCCGGGUUGGAGCGCAAACCGGCAAGCAGCCUGGAUGUCCCAGGCGAAUGGGGCUGCCUCUCCUCAGCCCGACACAGUGCUCUGUUUCCUCGUCAACACCCAAAUAAGGGGAUAACUUUACAGGCUGCACCAUUUAAAAUAAGAUGUUAAAAAUUCCUGCCCGGGUCAGGGAGUCGUAUUUUCCAGUGUUUAUUUUUUUAUAUCUUUCAGACUCCCAACCGGCUGAAUCUUUUGCCUUAGGCAUUGCUUUGAAAAAGCUUGAGCACUUCUUGUGUCCCUGUGCCACCCCUGCUAAAUUGCUAGAAAGCUUCAUUUCUCUGUAUAACAAGCCCAGGAAAGAGAGAACGAACCAGAGUCGCAUUUCUGCCAUCUCCGGUCCCUGCAUUAAGCGUUCUGUUCGUAAGUGUACGUUGUGAAGCGAGCUGUGUGGCAUGGUGUGGGGGGGCUCGGGAACGCUAGGCCGAGUCUCCCCUACCCCUGCCUCUCAGCUGCUUUUCGAUGUUGAUUCCUCUGGGCACAGGAAAAAGAAUUCACACUUCAGUGUUCUUCCCUCCCAUCCUCCCUCUUUAUAGGAGUUCCAAGUGGGAAUUAGAGAGGAAGGGGAAUCUGGAGUUGGAUUUCAGCUAUUUGUCACGUGGAGCCACCGAAGUUGCUGAAGCCAGCAGACCGUUCCCUCUGUUGGAGUCACAGUCUGUCUUUCCUCUGCAAGAUGCCCAGCUGUGACGGAAGAUGAUCGGACUUUAGGCCUUCCCUCCUACCCCUCUCACGGCCAUGUUUCAGCCAGGAGGUAGGGACGCCUUGGAAGGCAGCUUCUCCAGAGCCACGAGGGUCCUGUUUGGAACCAUUCCAAGGUGGUCGGUGCUUUUGAAGCGAAGUGGGAUUCCAUCUAGCCUGCUUUGGGUGCUCCCCGGAUGUUAGGCUCAAGGGGCGAGGGGGUCCUUGGGUUCACUUAGGGGAGAGGUCACGUGGUCCCUUUAGAUGCCACCUCUUCCAGGCCUGGUUUUGUCCUUGCCUGCCGUCCCCCCUCCCGUGCCCCCCCGCCCUCCCUCACCUCCGCAACUCCACUUGCCAACCCGUCCCCCAGGACUGACACUCACCUACCUCAGAGGCGCGAUGGAGGGCAAAAGAGAGAAUGUGUGACAAACGUUCCUCGGAACGAAUCGAUACAAAACAGCGCACCUCAGUAUUAGCUUUGGCAAUGGGGGCCUAAGUUGGAAGGAAAACGGCGGGGCUUUCAAAUGGAGGCGCCCCCCACCCCCACAGAGCCAGUCCCAUCAGCAGAGAGGGGAGGCUCGCCUAGCACGGCCCCUCUCAGCCCACAUUCUCCUCCUGCCUCACUGCAAGAGGCGCCGGCCUCACCCGGAAUUUGGUACCGUCGCUUCACCCAGGAUUCUUUUUUUAUUUCCAAUCAGUGGUUGAAAACCACAGAAUCGUUUUUUUUCCACUGUAGGCUAUAAAUAAUAGAGAUUUUGUAAUACAAGCUGUUGCUAUUCUUUAUAUAAUAAAUUAGAUUCUGCAAAAUAA